GGGACACGCUUGACUUCAGCGCUCUCUCCGCCCCAAAUCGUCGGCUCCACCCCACCUACCAGCCGGAGUCCACCGCCGCCGCCGCCAUGUCUUCCGGUGGGAUCGCGCGCGGCCGCCUCGCCGAGGAGCGCAAGGCCUGGCGGAAGAACCACCCCCACGGCUUCGUCGCCAAGCCGGAGACGCUGGGCGACGGCACGGUCAACCUCAUGGUCUGGCACUGCACCAUCCCCGGCAAGCAAGGGACUGAUUGGGAAGGUGGAUACUUCCCUCUCACCCUUCAUUUCAGCGAGGAUUACCCCAGCAAGCCUCCCAAGUGCAAGUUCCCUACGAACUUCUUCCACCCGAAUGUCUACCCUUCGGGGACAGUCUGCCUUUCAAUCCUCAAUGAGGACAGCGGCUGGAGACCUGCUAUUACUGUGAAGCAAAUCCUUGUUGGAAUUCAGGACUUGCUUGAUCAGCCAAACCCGGCUGACCCUGCCCAGACUGAUGGUUAUCACCUUUUCAUCCAGGAUCCAGCUGAGUACAAGAGGCGUGUUCGGGUGCAGGCAAAGCAGUAUCCCGCAUUGGUCUGAGAGGAAGGAUUGGCAAGCUUAAUGAUCCAUGCUCUGCACAUCCGCAUAGUUAUUGGAAGUAGAUCUAAAAUGAAUGCCUCUGCAUAUAUGGAGUUAGACCAAGUACAACCCGGAAAAGGGUGCCUUGAGAAGUAUUCAUCGUCUGUCAUUGUGGACCAGUCUCGACUUAAGAUCCGUGUUGGUUGUAGUCGGGUUUCAUAACGGUGAUCCCUGAACUAAGUGCUUGUUUUGUGGGUUAAAUGUCUGUCUUGAGGUGGAUUGCCGUGUGCGGUACUAGUCGGUUCUAAAUGCGUCUGUUGGCUGCAAUAUAACAUUUUGCCAUGUGCCAUGUUUCUGUCA